ACUCCAAUUCGCUUUGUAUCUGCCAUUGGCUUUUUGUUUUUGGCCCCCAUGUCUGGGGGCUGUGUGCGAAUUUUGGCAAUUUUUUCCACAUUCCCAAAUAUUCAUUGGGCUUUGUUUGUUUGAUUUCUCUGGCACAGCCCUUGCCCAGCCCAGUCCCAUGUGCUGUGACCUCAUUAUCCACUGCCUAUUGCUAGUCUGUUUGCAUUUUCCUGCUGCCAUUGACGACGUCACAAUGCGAUUGACGAGGCGCAGCAAUUGUAUUGAUGCCGACUGUUUAUUCCGAGGGCGCAUAGUAGGGUAUCCGCACUGUAAUAGGAUCAAAGGCAGUCAGUCGCCCAAUUAGUCAGUCAUAACUCAACUGCUUUUGCUCACAUCUCGCAGCACUGCGACUAUUUAUAGUUCCUAUUAUAUGUGGCAGCUUCGCAAACGCCCACGCAAACGCAGCACACAGCCAUUUAGAGGUGUUGAGUCAUUGAACUCGUUGCAAAUGCACAAAUGAAAACAAAAGUGUUUCAGCUUUGUGCAAUUUAAUUCUGCGAUUUCAACAAAUUGGCAAAUAAGUCAAAUUACUUAAAUAUGACAUAUUCUGUGCCUAUUGCUUGUAAAUUAGACUAUGCCAAGAUAUUACCACAUAAGAUUGCGAAACACCUAAUUAGUUCGUAUGGCACCAAUUAAAAAAUAAUUGUAGCAUUUUCCCUAGGAAGUAUAUGGGGAAAAACAAGGCAAUCUGUAAAAUUGCUCUUGCUCGCUUAUUUAUUCGUUAGAUCGCGUAUAUAAACGUACAUAACGAGAUAAGUAGAUUUUCAUGAGCGCCCGCAAAAUGGAACAAAAUAAUGAAACUCAAAUAUUGACACAAUUAUUUAACACAACCACGCGAUGUCGCCGCUAAGCCAAAGCUCCAGCUCCCCCCAUCCCCCCACCAUACUAUCUACCUAUCUAUCUACAAUAUCACGGUUUCAGUCUAUAUACGCUAUAGAGCGGGACAACUGAACGACCUAGAGAAUGGCGGAACGGACUGCUCGACUCACAAACACAGAAGGCAAGCUUUUGGAGCUAUAAAAGACGAACGUGGCUAAGGCAGCAGUAGUUUGGCAAAGUAGCUCGUUGCACAAUGUCCAUGCGUUUGAUUCUAAUUGGCUUGGCCAUCCUGGCAUUGGCCUAUGGACAACCUGUUCCAGAAGUUCCAGAAGUCGUUGAAAAUGCUAAGCCCGUCCAGGAGAUAAAUUCAGAAAAACCCGUAUUAAAUGCCUACCAACGGACCCUUUUCCUCCUGCUGCCCCUGCUGUUCCCUAACGAGUUCUAUAUACCGACUACCAGCGGCUAA